UAGGUUAUGAAGUCAUGAACUUCGAAACGGAAAACGAAAAUAAACAAUGACUGAUUCAGUGAUUUGUCUUGUGUUUGAAUUCGCUUGAAUUUACGAAUUUUGUAGAGUUCUAUUAUUUACUAAACAUGGAAAGUAAACAUGAAGUACCAAGUGAUCAAACUGAUAUUUGUAUCAACAGGCGAGUGAAAUUGAUGCAUUUCAGUGACGGCGUAGAAGAAGUUAUAGAACAAGAAAAUGUUAGCGAAUUAGAUGCUGCACCCAAGCAUGAAGAAACCGUUGAUCCGAAAUCCCUGGACUGGGGUCCAUGGAUCUCCCACUAUGCCUGGAAAUCCGGCACCAAAGUCCUUAACGCUGUAGAUUAUGCUGGCGAGUCAUUGGCCAACUUCUUCGGUAUCACCACACCCAAGUACCAGAUAGAGAUAGAAGAGCACGAGAGGGUUGUUGAAGAGCAGAGGAAGAUGGAAGAGGAUUCUGUUGGUUGGGUACCGAAGAAUGGCGGUGGGGAUGUUCCGUUGGUGUUGACAGAACCUAUAAAAGAAGUUGAGAAGCCCGGAGAAGUAUAGUACAGAAAAAUGUACAUUUAUUUGUAAAGUUUGGGUGUUACAACCAUCACAUGAUAAUUAAAGAAGAAAAACUUGAAACACAAUUAAUUAAAGAUGGUGCAAUGUAGUGAUAAAGUUACUGUUGUUUUCAAGGGUAUAUUUAUAUCAGGUUAUAUAUAUUGCACAAUACCGAUUAAUGAUGUUAAGAUUUUAUGUAGUUGAUCAAUUACUAACAUUAUUUCAUAAAGAUUAAUUGCUGUCAAUGUGUGUAUAUUAACCAUUGUAUAAUUAUGGUUUAAAGAUUUUAAUUAUUAUAAGGAUUAACCUCACAAAUAAAAUUAAAAACAUGUUUUAUUGUAUCCUUGUGGCAUUUUCGAGCAGACAUGAUAAAAGAUUUAUUUUUCUUCUUAUUUAUGGUGUUAUUUUAAGAGCUUUAAUAAAAUUUACUAGUCUAGUAGUAUUAUUUAUUAUACAUAUUUGAUAUUCAGUAUUGCCUAUACUGUUUGCGAUAUUUUAACAAUAAAUAGUACUCGUAAACUAACAACAGCAUUUUGUGCACAAAUUCACGCAAAAUUUGGGUUCUAAAUUCUGUAUUGAUUUAGUUUAAAGUAGAAAUAUAUCGAAAAAUGGAUGUAUUUUUUUAUUGUUGUAAUAAAAUUAUAAUAUAAUUUGUCUUUCAUAUUGAGUGAUAUACAGAUACACCUUGAUGAAUGGCAUAACAAGAGAAUUGGAUAAUUAA